AUGGAAGAUCUAAUUGAUUAUCGAGUGCUCCCUCUCUCUAUCCCUCUUACUCUCGCAUUAUUUCUCUCAUCCCACCUCUCUCUCUCUCUCUCUCUCUCUCUCUGCCGUUAUACUCCAAUCUAUCUAUCUAUCUAUCUAUCUAUCUAUCUAUCUAUCUAUCUAUCUAUCUAUCUAACUCAGCUUGUUCAUUAUCUAUCUAUCUACCUAUCUAUCUCAACUUGCUCAUUAUCUAUCUAUCUAUCUAUCUAUCUAUCUCAGCUUGCUCAUUAUCUAUCUAUCUAUCUAUCUAUCUAUCUAUCUACGGACAAAGAACUUAGGUUGUUCAAGAUCUGUCUAUUUAUUUCAGUCUCUUCACUAUUUGUUUAUUCAUUUAUCGAUAUCAGUUUUUUUUUUAUCUAUCUAUCUAUCUAUCUAUCUAUCUAUCUAUCUAUCUAUCUAUCUAUCUAUGUCAUUCUGAUUACCUGUCUAUCCCAUUCUGAUCAUCGGUCUAUCUAUCUAUCUAUCUAUCUGAACAAAGACAAGCAGAAAUCUGAGUGA